CUUCAUCUUUCACUUACGUCUUAUUUGAUAGUGAAAAUUGGAUAGUCGAGAGCCUAUCGUACAAGCUAUCUUGAAAUCCACAAUUGAAGCAUUUAAUACUCAUUAAUCUUCGAAAGCUUCACUCUCAGCAGUGUCUCACCGAGUUCGGGCACUCAAGUUCGGGUAUUGACCCCUCUUGGCUUUCACAACUUCUUGAGUCACACACACAAAAGUCCGUAAUUUGAAUUGGAUCUGUAAGAAAUAAAUACCUGAAACUUCAAGUCAAUUGUUGGAUUGUCACCGCUUUCCGCUUCCGGCAUUGAAUCCCAACAUCUACAUCACAACAUAAGCUAUUUAAUACCAAGUCAAACAUCAAAUCCAACACGCAACCCUUUGAGCCGCAACCAGUCCAAAGUAUCAGACUCACCACCAUCAUGGCUUCAGGCGGCGGCUCUCCCGCCCUCUCAGGCACCGGAACUCCCAUACCACCAUCAACCUCAGGAACCGACUCACCAAACCCACAUAACCUAUUCAAGAUCAACCCAGCCAACAUCCUGUCAACCACAAAUAAUGAGACUGUAGCUCCAACUUCCGAUGGUGUUCCAAAGACGAAGAUCUGCGUAUUCUGUGGUGCUUCACCGGGAAAGUCGCCGGCGCAUAUGGAAGCUGCCCGUUCCCUAGCUCGCGUCUUCCAUGAGAACAACAUCUCUCUAGUCUACGGUGGCGGAACAGUUGGUCUUAUGGGCGAAGUAGCACGCACGCUCGUUUCCCUCUCAGGUCCAGCUUCAGUCCACGGUAUCAUUCCCGCUCCUCUGAUUAAGUACGAACGCGGCCCCAACAGCACCCCCCAAGAAACCACCAACGGCAGCAUCCCCUCCCCGACCCUCUACGGCCACACCACCGUCGUCAAAGACAUGCACACACGCAAACAACUCAUGGCCCUGGAAGUUCUCUCCGGCGGGCCCGGCAGCGGCUUCAUCGCCCUCUCCGGCGGGUACGGCACCCUCGAGGAGCUCAUGGAAGUCGUAACCUGGAACCAGCUCGGGAUCCACGACCGGGGCGUUGUAGCGCUCAAUAUCGAGAAGUAUUGGGAUGGCUUGCUGGCUUGGGUGAGGAAUAGUGUUGAGGCUGGGUUUGUGGGCCAGUCGAAUGUGGGGAUUAUUAGGGAGGCGGGGACGCCGGAGGAGGCGGUUAGGUGUUUGAGGGAGUAUAGGAAUUCGGAGGGGAGGUUUAGGUUGAGGUGGGGUGAGGAGUAGGGGACUGCGGGGUGGACAGGAAGAGUAGAUUGUUCUCAUUGUCUAGCUCUGUUCGGUGACUUUGAAAUAUCGGGUUCAGAUAUAGAACUACAAACCCCGGAAAUGGAAUGGAAGACGGGCGGGAGAAAUAUGGAGUAGACGAAAACCGCGGCGUUGGCAGACGGGGACAUAACAUUUCCACAUUUUGCUGCCUUGAUUAGCUUUUUUUUUUUGCACCCUUGCUAUAUAGCUAGCUAUCUAUUCGCUUCAGCCGACUUUGUCUUACUUUACAUGGACACAUAAGAUAGACCGCCAGUACACGGACAGCGUUGGACAGAAAAUGUACGGACAAACAGGUAGUGGGCAUUGCAAUUAUGACAGACUAAACCAAAAAAUAUAUCACAUAUUUAC